GGCAAUUGUCCGGAAACGCGACCGCGGCUUCUCGUUGGCCAAUAGGAAGCGAGCGGAGGCGGUUACGGCCCCGUUCGGAUAUCCACACGUGAUAGCGGACGCUAGUUCCUGUCACUUCCUUCCCAGACAAGCGGCCAAACUAAGCCGAGACAAUGGAUCGCAGGGUGUGGAUGUGCGUUAUCGUGGCGACUGCCGCGCUCUUGCUGGCAUCUCCGUGUCGGGCCCAUGACCCGGACAACGGCGAGGAACUGGACAUGGAUGUAGAGGACGACAUGGACCUUGACGCGGACCACGAGGAGCUGGAGCAAGAUGAGAACGGCGACGCAGCGGCACCUCCCCCGGCCCCGGCGCUCCCCAAAGUAACCUACAAGGCGCCGGAGCCCAUGGGAGAACACUUCUUCGCCGAGUCCUUUGAUCGAGGGACGCUGGACAGUUGGGUCCUAUCCAGCGCCAAGAAAGACGACACCGAUGAGGACAUAGCCAAGUAUGAUGGCAAGUGGGAGGUGGAGGAGAUGAAGGACAGCAAGCUUCCAGGCGACAAAGGCUUGGUCCUGAAAUCCCGAGCCAAACAUCACGCCAUCUCCGCCCCGCUGCUGCGACCGUUCGCCUUUGACACGUUGCCGCUCAUUGUUCAGUACGAGGUGAACUUCCAGGCCGGCAUCGACUGUGGCGGCGCUUACGUCAAAUUGCUCACGCAGACACCGGAACUCAACCUGGAUCAAUUUGUCGACAAGACUGCGUACACUAUCAUGUUCGGACCAGAUAAAUGCGGCGAGGACUACAAGCUGCACUUCAUCUUCAGACACAAAAACCCCAAGACGGGCGAAUACGAAGAGAAGCACGCCAAGAAGCCGGACGCUGAUCUACGCACGUACUACACCGACAAGAAGACUCACCUCUACACGCUAGUGGUGAACCCCGACAACACCUUUGAGAUGUUGGUGGACCAAACUGUGGUCAACAGCGGCAGCCUGCUCACAGACAUGACCCCUCCGGUCAACCCUCCCGCCGAGAUCGAGGACCCAGACGACCGCAAGCCCGAACAAUGGGACGAGAGGCCCAAGAUUGCGGACCCGGACGCCACCAAACCGGAAGACUGGGACGAAGACGCUCCCGCUCAGAUUCCCGAUGAGGACGCGGUCAAACCCGACGGCUGGCUGGAUGACGAGCCUGAAUAUAUCGGAGACCCUGACGCUGUCAAGCCCGAGGAUUGGGACGACGACAUGGACGGCGAGUGGGAGGCGCCUCAGAUCGCCAACCCGGCCUGCGAGGCGGCGCCCGGCUGUGGCGAAUGGAAGCGCCCCAUGGUGGACAACCCCAACUACAAGGGCAAGUGGAAGGCGCCCAUGAUAGACAACCCCGACUACCAGGGUGUGUGGAAACCCCGAAAGAUCGCCAACCCGGACUUCUUCGAGGACCUGCACCCGUUCAGGAUGAGCGCCUUCAGCGCCGUGGGACUGGAGCUGUGGUCCAUGACGUCCGACAUCUUCUUCGACAACUUCCUGGUCACCAACGACCGCAACGUGGCCGAGCGAUGGGCCAACGACGGCUGGGGACUGAAGAAGGCGGCCGAGGGCGCCGCCGAGCCCGGCUUGGCCGCUCAGAUGAUGAGCGCGGCGGAGGAGCGCCCUUGGCUUUGGCUGGUGUACGUGCUUACCGUGGCCCUGCCGCUCGUCCUCAUCGUCGUCUUCUGCUGCACUGGCAAGAAGAAGAGCGAGACCCCAGCAGCAGGGGACUACAAGAAAACGGACGAGGCUCAGCCUGAUGUCAAGGAGGAGGAGGAGGAGGAGGAAGAGGCGGAAGGCCAGGACGACAUCAGUCCAGGUGGCGAGCGGCAGCACGAGGGUGACGGGGAUAAGCGAGACCAAGCGGAUGGCGGCGAGGAGGAGGAGGAGGAGGAUGAAGAAAAGGAUGCUGCGGCGGAGGCAGCUGAGGAGAAGUUGGAGGAUGACAUUCUGCGGCGAUCUCCCAGGAACAGGAAGGUCAGAAAGGACUGAACGAAGGAAAUCCACCUCCAAGUUCCCUCGACCUCCCCGUUCCUCUAAAACCGUCAGCAGGUGAAGAACAAAAGCGUGACCGAUUCCAGCGCCGACAGCCGUCAACUUCCUGCGUCAUUCCCUAGCAAAACACCAGAGGUUACUCGGACCUGAAGAGCAAAACUAGAUACGAGCGCUCGGUUGAUGACAUCACUCCUCUUUUAGACGUCGUAUCGCGUGACUUACAACUAAACUAGUAGACGUCCAAUCCGUUUGCAGUGGGAGGGUGGCAGCGAAUGAACAUUGGUUCAUUCGCUGCCACCCUCCCACUUUAAACGGAUUGGACGUCAAUGGCAAGCCAAUGAGAUGACAUAGCUCUGCACUGAUCAGAAAGUGAGUGGCAAAUCCUUUUUUCUUCGCAAUUGUACAUCACAAGAAAACGCAUCACCAAAACGUGCUAACGAUAACGCGUAUUAGUUCUCACAUAAACGUAUUUCUAAUCAGAUGAAAUCCUAAUUUCUGAUCAAUUCUUCAACCAUUUGAUGCCCAAAUUUACAUUUAACAAAUAUAACGUUUGUAUAUAUGUAUACUGUAUGUAUAUGUGUAUAUAUAACGUAUGUUAUAAUGUAUAACAAAGCUAAUAAAGCAUUGUGGGGAUACAAAAGUACAUGAAAAUAAUAAUUUAAAAAAAAUUGGGAAAUCCUAAAUUAAAAUGCUUGUGGAGGAUAAUUUAGGAAAUAUUAAUGAAAUGAAAAAAUAUGCAGAAUUUUCAAGUAAGAUUAAAUAUAACAAAGACACAAUUAAAAUGUAACAAUGAAAUUUUUGGGGGAAAUCUGUUAAAAGAUUUUUAAAUGAUUGGAAACAUGAUAAUUAUUUUUAGCUUUUUUUUUUAAAUUUUCUAUAUCAAUACAAAUUUUGAAGUACUCUUAAUUCUUUAGAUAUUAAGUCAAAUAUACAUAAAAGCUGGAGGGGAUACAGAAAUACAUUAAAAUUAAAAUAAAUAUGAGUACAAUUAAAAAGUGGAAGAUCGUAAAAGAAAAUAUACAAAUAAUCUACAGUAUUUUGAUUUUAUGUAUAUAUAAAAAAUGAAAAUAAAUGAAUUUAACACAGGAUUAAAAAUAGUAAAUAAAAA